GUAAGAAAAUUCCGUCGCUGUCCUCCGUCCUCUCCUCCUUGUCUCUUCUCAGAAAUCGCAGAGGAAUCCCUUUCUUCAUCCCGGCGAGGGCUUCUGCUCCGAUCGCUGUACCGGCGAUACAGAGCUCAACGGUGAAGCCACGGAGCUAGUUCCGCUUUUCCUUCAGGCUUUCGGGUUACUGCAUUGCUAGUUCCUUGAGGUGAAAUGGACCCCAGUAGUGAUGAAGAGUCAGACUACAGCGACAGUGAGAUUGAUCGCCAUUCUGAAAAACCAUAUGAGCAGCUGCAAAGUGGUGUUUUAAAGGUGAAGGGUCCAAAUGGCACUUUAAGGUGCCCUUUCUGUGCUGGGAAGAAGAAGCAGGAUUAUAAGUAUAAAGACCUACUUCAACAUGCUUCUGGAGUUGCCAAAGGGGCAGCCCACAGAAGUGCCAAACAGAAGGCAAACCACCUUGCCCUUGCAAAGUACCUGGAGAUUGACCUCGCCAAUGAAGCCGAUCUAGCUGCUCCUCCAGUUGUGCCCAAACCUACUCCAGAGACUUCGGAGAAGGAUGAACGAUUUGUCUGGCCUUGGAUGGGUAUAGUGAUGAAUAUCGUGGUGAAUGAGAAAAGUAAGGAGGAAAUGGGUCAUGGUGGGUAUUGGCUGAACAAGUUCUCAAAGUUUAAGCCUCUUGAAGUUAAUUUACUUUGGAAUGAAGAUGGGCUUACAGCAAAUGCCAUAGUGAAGUUUAAUGGAGAUUGGCGAGGAUUCCUCGAUGCCACAGAGUUUGAGAAGACAUAUGCCGCCGACCACCAUAGUAAGACUGAGUGGAAUGCACAGAAGGUGCAGCCUGAUUCAAGUAUUUAUGUGUGGUGUGCUCGUUCCGAGGACUAUGAAGCUCAAGGUGCUGUUGGUGAUUACUUGCGUCAAGUGGGGAAGUUGAAAACUAUAAGGGAGAUUGUUGAGGAAGCUGAUCAAAGUCGAAAUAGCGUAGUUGCUCACCUGGCGAGCAAAAUUGACAUGACAAAUGAAACUUUGAAUGAACUGCGAUACAAGUAUAAUGAAAAGUCUUUGUCUUUGACGAGGAUGCUUGAAGAAAAAGACAGGUUGACGAAUGCCUUUCUUGAAGAAUCAAGGAAGAUGCAGCGCCUGGCACGUGAUAAGAUUCGGCGGAUACUGGAAGAGCAAGAAAAGAUGAACUAUGAGCUAGAGAAGAAGAGAAGAAAAAUUGACUCAUGGAAUAAGGAACUAAAUAAACGUGAAGCCCUCACAGAGCGUGAGAGAAUGAAGCUGGAUGAGGAUAAGAAAAAGAAUGAAGUUAGGAAUAGUUCACUUGAAAUGGCUUCCAUAGAGCAGAAGAGGGCUGAUGAAAAUGUUCUCAGGCUGGUAGAAGAGCAAAAGAGGGAAAAAGAGAUGGCUUUAAGAAAGAUACUUGAACUCGAGAAGCAGCUAGACACAAAGCAAAAGCUUGAGAUGGAGAUUGAAGAGUUAAAAGGAAAACUAGAAGUGAUGAAGCAUCUCGAAGAUCAAAAUGAUGAAGCUGUUAAGACGAAAAUGCAGGAAAUGGCUGAGGAGUUGAAGGAAAAGGUUGAAAGCCUGGCUGAAGGCGAGGAAUUAAAUUCCGCGCUUCUCUGCAAGGAGCGAGAGAGCAAUGAUGAGCUGCAAGAAGCGCGUAAAGUCUUGAUUGCGGGCCUGCAAGAGCUGCUUGGGGUACGGACAAAUAUCGGGCUUCGGAGGAUGGGCGAACUCGAGAACAAGCCUUUCCAGGAAGCCUGCAAACAUAAGUUUUCCCCUGAUGAAGCGGAGAUACAGGCCAGUACGUUAAUAUCAUUGUGGCAGGCUCAUCUCGCAGAUUCCCAGUGGCACCCGUUCAAAGUUAUCGAGACUAAUGGGAAUUAUGAGGAAAUCAUCAAUGAAGAUGAUGAGAAACUUAGAAAACUGAAGGAGGAGUGGGGGGACAUGGUCUAUGGAGCAGUUGUUGCUUCCUUGAGGGAACUGAACGAGUACAACAGGAGCGGGAGAUAUGUAGUUUCUGAGCUCUGGAAUUUCAAGGAAAACCGCAAGGCCACUUUGAAGGAGGUGAUCAGCUACAUUGUGAAGAGUAUUAAAUCGUCAAAGCGCAAGCGAACAUGAGCUUCAAAGGGGUCUCAAAGGAUUUCGGAGAUCUGUGCUCACUGUUCAGUCAAAAGAAUGUCCAGUGUAGAAGAAGAUGAUGAGCGUUGGAGGAACGAUCUGAUCAAUGGAUCGGGAUGUAAUAACUGGGCUCUAACUUAUGUUGCGUGUGCGAGUGAUUUUCUGGAACUGUUGGUCAUCUAUUUCUAGUCGCGGACUAUUAAUGGAUGUGUUAGUUCGGGGCCUUGUGGCUGAUUGAAUGUGUCUCGCCAAGUACAAUCUGAGAAUAGCAGACUCAUUUGUGAACAUCGAUGCCCAUUGGAUGUCUUCUAACAAAA